AUGAUGCUCGCACCCCCAUCCCAUUCCUGGUCUCCUCUGCAGGCUGCUGUCUUUUUUGCACUCCUGGCCCUGGCAAAUGCCGGUUACCACGGGCAUCACGGAGGUCACAGCAACACCUACAGGAAGCAGAACGACUACGGCGAAUACUCGUUCGGUUACGACGUUGUGGACGGCUACGGCAGCAUCCACGGCCGUCACGAGACCGGCUCCAAGCACGGACCAGUGGUGGGCUCCUACUACCUGGGCAACAUCGACGGCCGCCACCGGCAGGUGCACUACGUGGCCGACAAGUGGGGCUUCCGUGCCAUGGUCAAGACAAACGAGCCCGGUACCAAGACGAGCCUGCCGGCGGCCGCGCCCUACCACUCGGCCAAUGGAAAGCACGUGCCCGCGUACGGCAUCUCCGGCUACGGCCACGGCGGUUACGGCGGCUACGGCGGAUACCACGGCUAGACCACCGGUUACCCGGAGGCCACGACAAUUCUCUUUCAGAAAGCGUUUGCAGUACAGACAAAAGCCCAAGCGCCUGGAGUGAACGAAGUGCAACCUCCAGAGGCAACACAUGCAGGCAAACAGGGAGAGUGCGUGGCGACGACGAGCGCAGCCCCCGCCGGCGAAUCUUCAAUUCAGAGCUCCCGUCCAAACAUGUCGGGCGUGUCUGUAUUUUUGCCUGUUAUUUUUUUUAUUUCUACCUGAGCGAUUUAGGCACUUGCAUUCGUUUGAUAUUGCCAAGAGUCGUAAAUACGCAAGAAGAUCACCUCUUCUUUCCUUUACGUUUUUUUUUUUUUUUUUUUUUUUACAUUGCUGAUGCUAGAAGAACAAAAAUACUUUGGCCCGCCGUAGUGUCGUCGUUGUCAAAUUGAUUGUUGCGGCAUGCGUCGUGAAAGGAUUACAUGCGAUAAAGCAACACUCAAUUAAGCAAUAACAUCCCGUCCACGCAGAUUUAACCGGUACUAAUCGGAAGCUGUGGUAUGUUGAGAAGCACCUUUAUGAUUCCUGCCGGCGCAUGCAGGCAAGUUUCCCAUGAACGGGCUCCCAAACUUCGAAUUAUUUUCAAUAUUCACCUUUUCGUAAGUAUUCGGGAAGAAAAUAACAUGCUGGAAAUUUACGGCCAUGGGUUCCUACAAAAAGUAUGACCCGGAAUGAAUCCGAACAUAGCGUGCUCACAAAAAGAGAGAAAGCAAGGAGAGGAAAGGCAGGGGAGGGCAACCGGACGAGCAUCUGGUUUGCUACCCUACACUGGGGGUAAGGGAAAGGGGGAAUGGAAAAACGGAAUUCUUGAGAAAAGUUCCUUCUUCAAGACAGCCUCUUUUAUAUUUAUUUGCUUACUUUGUCUGCAAGAGAAAAGCGAACUUGAAAUUACUUCACGUGAACUUCUAUUGUUUUGUUAUGUUUUUGUUUAAAUAGUGUGCUGACAGACGUGGAAGCGACGCAUGCCUGUUUCACUUUUGUAAUGUUCUAUCAACACAAAAUUUCCCACAUUUUUCACCAAUUAGCAGAAAAGGAAAUGUAUUGCCGUGACAGCCCGUCUCUGUUCUUUUUGCUUGAUGCAAUGUCAAGAUUUUUAGCACUCUAUGCGACACUACGGCCAAUCGUUCACACAGUCGCUUGGCUCUACAGUGAGGACAGGGUGUGGUCGAUGAAGAAAGGGUCGUGCAGCUUAGCUGGUCAAUUCAAUCGUUAAGCUGCAGUGGUUUGUUUAAGAAAAGAAAAAGAAAAGAAAACUUCGUUGAGCCGGCAGCGACGUCCCCAUCCUAAUGACGAAAUCACCGGCUUUAACAACGUCGACUUUCAUUGUGUAUACGUGUACAGACAGCUCUCUGCAUUGUACUGUUCUCUUUGUAAAAUUUUCAUGUUCAUUGUGCAUAAGUGUACAGACAACUAUCCACGUUGUGUUAACUACAACUUGUAAACUUCCCCCGUGCAAUAUAUAUAUAAGUGUACAGACAAUUCCCUGCUGUCUUUGCUUCUAUUUGUAGUAUUUCUUUAAUGCCUUUGCCUGUGUGCUGGCUGGAAGUAACCAAAUACCUAACUCUUUCCCGCGAAGCAAGACUUUCAACACAGCUUUGGUGCCUUUUUUUUUUUUUUUUUUCUUGCUUCGUGCUGCUUCUGAUACCGCUGCUCUCGGCUUGCACCGUUUUGACACGUGUGUUUUCGGCGGACUUAAUCCCUUAGCGCGACUAAUUUUCUCUUAGUCUGAGUACCAUUGGCGAACAACGUACGAAUCAAUAAGAAAGCAUGCCCUCGUUUUAGUCGCAAGUGCGACGACAUUGUUUUGAUUUUGCUCCAACGACCGCUUCCUGCAAUUACCCGCCCGCACGACGCAUGCUCCGUAUAAGUAUUGUUCCGCUCUACUAGCGCCUCGCGUCUGCAGCCUAGAAAACUCACGUUUUCGGUCGGAUUAACUCCCUGGAAAUUGAAAAUGCCCGUUAUUUUUGGCUUCAAUCUCCUCGUGAUUGCAAGCACCGCGAUAUAAACUGUGCAUGCCCACGAAAUUCGGCAUUGCUUCGCUUCGCUUCGAGGUCUCGUUUAAGCGAGUUUUGUGUACAUACGCUCCUUUGUGACUCGCGCGCUCUGUAUUUUCCUGGGUUUCAUUCUCCGUUCACGUGCUGCGUCGAUUUGACGCUCCUUCCUAUCUGCGAGCGGGCGUUGCUCGCAGUGCCAACGUGUUGUCGUGGUGCAUGGUGAAUGCCACGUUGCUUCCAUUAAACUGUAUGUUGUGGCCGUCCUUGUGCUGUGCGUGCGUCUGUGUGUGUGUGUUCUGUGGCAAAUGAGCGAGCGCUCAGCGUUGCACUAACCCCAUAGGCACGCGAAAGUUAUAUAGUUUCCGGCACUCGUGUGCGUCAUCUGGUCUGUGAUUUGGUAUUUAAUAUUUCCUCUAUCCUCUGUACAAAGUGUGCGUUUGGUUCAGCGAAAAUAAAAGAAAUGCUACUUGUUU